ACGGCCGGAAGGCGCGGCCUGUCAGCUCUCUAUGGUUGCCCGCGGUGGGUAGCGCGCCGCCGCGCCGCGCCUCGCCUCGCCCCCGCCCGCGCUGCACGCCGGGACACGGCCGGUCCUCCCUCCUUCUCUCCCUCCCUGCUUCCCGCGCGCCCCCCCGCGCGCCCCGAGCCUGCGCCGCGCCGACAUCCGCGUUGUCCCAAGAUGGAGGUGCGGGACUCGCGCUGAGCGCGGCCCGGCCGACACAGGAGCAGGAGGAGGAGACGCGCCCGCCCGGCCCGGCCCGUCCGCCCGCCUCUCCUUCCCCGCCCCGCCAGGCCGCGGCUCCGGCGGCACCGGCAGCAGCAGCAGCGGCGGCGGCGCCUCCUUGCCCGCGGCCCGGCCCCGAGUGCGGCGCGGCCCCCGCAUGAGCCCGGGCGGCAGUGGCGGCGGGAGCUCCCGGGAGCAGCAGCCGAGGUGCCCAGGUUGAGCCUGCUUCCCUGUAUUAUGCAAACUGCUGAAUGGAGGAAGGGAGUGAAAGUCAGUCUUUACCAAUACUCUUUCCGUUACCAUCCUGCAUGGUUCUUUACCCAUAUUUUACAGAGUGGUGAAGAAUUAGGAGAAGCUGCAGUUGUUCAUCUGAGUGGAACUAAAUGGGUGGCUCCCUUCUGGACCCUCACUUCACUGUCUUAGGUACAAGAACUGUAGAAGUCCAUUUUAGAAUUUGAAAGAACAAGAUUCUGCAGCUCUGGAAAGAUAUGCCAUGGAAGUAAUCAGCUGGGGUGGUCCCAGGGCGCUCUGGGCACGAGUAUUGCUGAGUGAUCAUUGGCUGCCACCUGCGUGACAAAGUAAAGGACCAACCCUUCAAUUUAUACCAGUGGAGCCAGAUCACGGGAAACAAUUGACAGAAUUGUUAAGCUUAUGCUUAGCCCAGCGUGAUACAGGACUGGUGCGACAACUCGGUUUUGAUCAGUGACUCAAAAUUGUGAUCACCCUGAUGUCACCGAAUGGCCACAGCUUGUAAAAGAUCACCAGGAGAACCGCACUCUGAGAACAUUGAAACUAGCCGAAUGAAGCGAGCAGCUGCAAAGCAUCUAAUAGAGCGCUACUACCACCAGUUAACCGAGGGCUGUGGAAAUGAAGCCUGCACGAAUGAAUUUUGUGCUUCCUGUCCAACUUUUCUCCGUAUGGAUAACAAUGCAGCAGCCAUUAAGGCCCUCGAGCUUUAUAAGAUUAAUGCAAAACUCUGUGAUCCUCAUCCCUCCAAGAAAGGAACGAGCUCAGCUUACCUAGAAAACAAUUCCAAAGGUGCCCAUAACAAUUCCUGCACUGACAGAAAAAUGAACAAGAAGGAAAUGCAAGGCCCAAGAGAUGACUUUAAAGAUGUUACUUUUCUGACAGAAGACAAGAUAUAUGAAAUUCUUGAACUAUGUCGAGAAAAAGAGGAUUAUUCCCCUUUAAUCCGGGUGAUUGGGAGAGUGUUUUCUAGUGCUGAAGCACUGGUACAGAGUUUCCGAAAAACCAAGCAGCACACCAAGGAGGAGCUCAAGUCUCUUCAAGGAAAGGAUGAAGACAAAGAUGAAGAUGAAAAGGAAAAAGCUGCCUGUUCGGCUGCUGCUAUGGAAGAGGAUUCUGGUGCAUCAUCAUCAUCAUCAUCAUCAAGAAUAGGUGAUAACACACAGGGAGAUAAUAACCUCCAAAAACUAGGCCCAGAUGAAGUGUCUGUAGAUAUUGAAGCAGUCAGACGGGUCUAUGAUAGGUUACUUUCUAAUGAAAAGAUAGAAACUGCCUUUUUAAAUGCACUUGUGUACUUGUCACCUAAUGUGGAAUGUGACUUGACUUACCAUAAUGUGUACUCUCGGGAUCCUAACUAUCUGAAUUUGUUUAUUAUCGUUAUGGAGAAUGGCAAUCUUCAUAGCCCAGAAUACCUGGAAAUGGCUCUACCAUUGUUUUGCAAAGCAAUGAGCAAACUGCCCCUUGCAGCUCAAGCAAAACUGGUCAGAUUGUGGUCUAAGUACAGAGCAGAUCAAAUUCGGAGAAUGAUGGAAACAUUUCAGCAGCUUAUUACUUACAAAGUCAUAAGCAACGAGUUCAAUAGUCGUAACCUAGUGAAUGAUGAUGAUGCUGUUGUUGCUGCUUCAAAGUGCUUGAAAAUGGUUUACUAUGCAAAUGUAGUAGGAGGGGAUGUGGAUACAGAUCAUAAUGAAGAGGAGGAUGAAGAACCCAUCCCAGAAUCAAGUGAACUAACUCUUCAAGAGCUGUUGGGUGAGGAAAGAAGAAAUAAAAAAGGUCCUCGAGUAGACCCACUGGAAACUGAACUUGGUGUUAAAACUAUAGAUUGCAGAAAACCACUUAUCCCUUUUGAAGAAUUUAUUAAUGAACCACUGAAUGAUGUUCUAGAAAUGGACAAAGACUACACUUUCUUCAAAGUAGAAACAGAGAAUAAGUUCUCAUUUAUGACCUGUCCCUUCAUAUUGAAUGCUGUUACCAAGAACCUGGGAUUGUACUACGACAAUAGGAUCCGGAUGUACAGUGAAAGGCGCAUAACUGUGCUCUACAGCUUAGUUCAGGGGCAGCAGCUCAACCCCUAUUUGCGACUGAAAGUGAGACGUGAUCACAUCAUCGAUGAUGCGCUUGUCCGGCUAGAGAUGAUUGCCAUGGAAAAUCCUGCAGACUUGAAGAAGCAAUUGUAUGUUGAAUUUGAAGGAGAGCAAGGGGUUGAUGAAGGAGGUGUUUCCAAAGAAUUUUUUCAACUGGUGGUGGAAGAAAUCUUCAAUCCAGAUAUCGGGAUGUUCACAUAUGAUGAGUCUACAAAACUGUUUUGGUUUAAUCCGUCCUCUUUUGAAACUGAGGGCCAGUUUACCCUGAUUGGCAUAGUACUGGGACUGGCUAUUUACAACAACUGUAUACUGGAUGUACAUUUCCCCAUGGUUGUCUACAGAAAGCUAAUGGGCAAAAAGGGAACUUUCCGUGAUCUGGCAGACUCUCAUCCUGUUCUGUAUCAGAGUUUGAGAGACUUACUAGAGUAUGAAGGAAGUGUGGAAGAUGAUAUGAUGAUAACGUUUCAAAUAUCUCACACGGAUCUCUUUGGCAAUCCAAUGAUGCAUGAUUUAAAGGAAAACGGAGAUAAAAUUCCUAUCACGAAUGAAAACAGAAAGGAAUUUGUCAAUCUGUAUGCUGACUAUAUACUCAAUAAAUCAGUAGAAAAGCAGUUCAAGGCCUUUCGGAGAGGAUUCCACAUGGUGACCAAUGAAUCUCCUUUGAAAUAUUUAUUUAGACCAGAGGAAAUUGAAUUACUUAUUUGUGGAAGUAGGAAUUUAGAUUUUCAAGCACUAGAAGAAACUACAGAAUAUGAUGGUGGCUAUACAAGAGACUCUCUUAUUAUUAGGGAAUUCUGGGAAAUAGUCCAUUCAUUUACAGAUGAACAGAAAAGACUGUUCUUACAGUUUACAACAGGCACAGACAGAGCCCCUGUGGGAGGACUUGGAAAGUUAAAGAUGAUCAUAGCCAAAAAUGGCCCAGAUACGGAGAGGUUACCUACAUCUCACACAUGCUUUAAUGUACUUUUGCUUCCGGAGUACUCAAGCAAAGAAAAGCUUAAAGAAAGAUUAUUGAAGGCCAUCACAUAUGCCAAAGGAUUUGGCAUGCUGUAAUAAGUAUAACAAAAGGGAUUUAAAAAUGAUGGUGAUGAUGUCCCUGUCCAAAAAGGCCAUAAGAUAGUGAGCUACAGUAGUCACCUGUGUUUGUGCCUCCCUUCUUUACCGGGGACAUUGGGCUGGAACAGCAGAUUUCAGCUGCUUAUAUGAACAAAAUCUUUAUUUUUUCUUUUAGCGUGAAAGUGUUACAUAUUCUUUCACUUGUAUGUACAGAGAGGUUUUCCUGAAUAUUUAUUUUAAGGGUUAAAUCACUUUUGCUUGUGUUUAUUACUGCUUGAAGUUGAGCCUUUUUGAGUAUUUACAAGAAAACAAACUGUACUCUCCCAAGGAAAAUAUUGCCAUCAUUUGUAGACCAUGUAACCUUCAAGUAUGUGCUAUAUUUUUGUCCCUGUAUCUAAUCAAAUCAAGAACUGUACUUUUUGAAGAGUUUGCUUUUGAAACUUGAAGUCUUGAAAAACAGUGUGAUGCAAUUACUGCUGUUCUAGCCCCCAAAGAGUUUCUGUGCAAAAUCUUAAGAAUCAAUAAAGAUGGAAGGGAGAACUUGGAAUGUUAAAUUGCAGCCUUGAGAACUUUACUUUAGUCACAGCACAACAAUUAAAAUUCAUUUCACUAUAUGUUGUCUUCACAUGUCUUGUAAUAAACUGUGUUUUUAAUUAGGAAACAUUUCCUAGCAUAUGAAAGGGUAGAAAUUUUAGUUUCUUUUUUAAAAAAAGAAGUUUACUGGGGAAAGUGCAUUUUCAACUGAACAGCUUUAGAGUAGGGAGUGAAGUGUCUGGAAAAGAGAUAGGAAGUUUUUGCUGUAUUAUAAACAAAGCAUGUGGAAGUGCACUUAUAAUGAAGUUCUAUUCUUAACUGCCUAUUAUGUUGACAUUUAAAAUAGACAAUCCAAAGUCUUCCCUACAUGUUAUGUCAUCAUCAUUUAUUUAAUGAAUCAUUUUUCCUACCAAUCAAGGCACAUGAUCAGUGUUGCACCAUAGUCUAAAGGGAUGGCUACUGUAUUUUAAUCUCAUCUAACAAUAAGCAAAAUUAAACAAUAUUAAACAUGAGGCCUACUUGAUGUUGUACACUUCCAGCCAUUAAAUAAACUGUUAGAAAGUAAGUACUAAGGUUAUGUUCAUCUACUACAUAAAGUAUUCAGUAGGUUUUUAAUUUAACUCUACAAAUCAUAUCAGAAAUAAAUCCUUUACCUUUCUUAGUCUGUGUUUAAUGUUAAUUUCUCCUGUUGCAAUAUACCACGAAGGGAUUAUGCAUUUGUAAGUGCAGAUGUAACUGGCAUAUCUCUCUUCCAAUACAAGCUGCAGCGGGUGUGCAGAGCUGAGCUUGUGCCUUGACAAUUGCUAUAACUGGCUACUACCGAUCAAACCCGUGACUGUGUGGAAUUGGCAUUAAAAGGCUUAGUUUUGAAAUCAUUGGAAAAAGAAAAGAUGUCUUUCAGGACUAUUUUAAUAAAUUCUUUCUAGUAAUAGAAACAGACAACUGUUAUGUAACUAUGAUGCUGAAUAAAACAAUGACCUUUUUUCACCAUGGUUCAGUGAAAAAGAAAACAAGUUACUUUCUUACUUUGAUAAAUUAGAUAUUAAAUUGUUUGAUUAGAAAUUGUUGUAGUACUGCAUAAUUUGAGGGUUGCAGGUAUGGAAAACUCUCCACAAGUGAACUGUAGUGAUGUGGGGUCCAGCGACGUUCUCCUCUCAAAUUUAAGCCAAUGCCAAAUGGCCUGGACUUACGGGACUGAAACUUACUGGGGAGGGAGAGGUGCUGUCUGUCUUCUGGCCUUUGAUCUCAGAGGUGGCCCUUAGGGCCUUCCCUCGUGUUUGUCCACCUUGUUGUAUGUCCCAGAGGAGGAAAACACAAGAUACCCUACCUCUCAGUGUAGAGUGGUUGACAGCCGUGCCUGCUGAGCCCUUCAGGUUUGGAGCAACUCUUACUGUAGGUGUAAAAACAUCUGCCGAGUGCCUUGAGGUGCUUCACUGCAAGCGUGAACGCAUCAUGAUCCUGCUGUGUGGUAUGUACUGUGUUCACAGUCUAGUGCUGUGAAACUCUAUCCCUGUAGCUCUUUGGAUGAUUUAGCUGUGGUUUGUGGUUACACCCAGCUGACAGGUGUAUGUGAUUCAUGUCAGGGUUUUUAUAUAGGUCUAAAAGCUGUGCAGAUAGCAUAACUGGAUACCAAUACAAACUUCUCUUACCUGUUGAUACUGUAAAUAUACUCUUUCUGUUUUCCUUUAGCAUUAAGAUUAAAAUAAUACAUAACUGCAUUUGCCUUCAAAAGCAUAAGUUGUUUUUCAAGGAAUAAUUUUCAGGUAAGAUAUAAGUACUUAAUAUCUGACUGAUAUCUCAUGUAAAUAUAUACUGCCUCCCCCAAAUACCACUGUAUUGAAACCUUAUCUCCUUAGUGCUGGUGUAAGUGAACUAGUUGUUCAGCAGCACUGGUUGAUAAGGUUUAAAAUAAAUAAAUCUUGAAGUCUUAUAGCUGUAGGCUGAAUUCCUGUUCUGCAGAAGUUUCAGCCAGUGUUGUUUGAAGGAUAAACCCAACUUUUUAAGUUGGGUUUGGUUUGGGGAUUUUUCUGGGCUCCAGGUACACCUGGAAUGUCUUUCACAGUGUCGAGCAAAGUUUAGGUUUACAAAACUUGGAGACUUAAGUGUACUUACGUGUCAUGGAAAUAUCACUCUUGAGUGAGACAGAAGAUUCCUCUUCCAAGGCAGUAGUCUGAUGCCAGUGUGGUGGUGCUCUCUCCACAGGGUGUCUUCAGUAUGUUGACAAGAAAAUAUUUUGGACAUCUCAGCACUGCCUCAUUUGAGAAAUGAAAAAUACCUCUUCAAGUAUCUCCUUCUGCACCCUAACAGACUGCCUGGAUGUUUCCAGCCUCAGUGCAAAGGGGCCAUCAGGCUUCUGUGUAUUGUACAAUCGCAUGCUUCAAAAAUUAUAGUAGUGCAAGAGAAAUUAAUGCCCUGAAAAGAAUCAUCUUACUGUGGCACUGUUUCAGGUUUAAUUAGGAGUGAAGAAAUGGUUUUGUUUAGCUCUGGAGGCAUGUUAACACAUAAUGCUGUGUAAACAGAGCAUCACCUUUUAAAAGAUCAGAGCUUUUGCUUCUUGCUAAAAAGAUUUCAGGAACAGCUGUCAGGAGCGUAGUUCAGUUAACUAAGGAAUAGUGGUUUGUGAACUUCUCACUGGGCUUGUCUUCCAUUUGGCAGGCAGCAGCCUGAGAGAGGAUUGUGGCAGCCAAGGGGACACCCUCCAGCCCUGCAUUCUGAGGAAAGCUGCUGCUGAAAUGGGCCCAGGGCUCCGAGGAACUCCGUGUUACAAUAGGCAGUCCGUGCCUCUCAUCCAACAGUGGCUUCACUACUGAGGCAGGAGCUUCGUGUCACAUCUGGUAGCACACAGGUGUGAUGGGGCUGGUGGGCUUGGCCUCCAGGGAGCUGCAGUGUGAACUGCCCGGGUGCCUGCCCGGGCUUCUGCUCUGUGAAGCAGGGAAUUGGACACAGGUUUCCACACUGCUGAUGUUUCGGAAGAGGACAACCCCACAUCAUCAGCUUUAAGGUGUUUCCGUGGCACUGUUGUAGCCAGUUGCCUCCAGGUAAAUUUUUAAUCUCACAAGAGGAUUAAAAAUUUCCUGGUUCCCUCAAGACUUCUUAUGAUGAAUAUGAAUGGGAUGGAAUGUUUGAGCUGUGCCUUAUUUAUUAUGCAGAAAAACACCAUCAUUUCAGCAUGCAAGAUGGAGCAGGAAUUUCUUCCUCCUUGAGCUAUUCAAAAUCAAGCCUUCCUUAACAAGUUUCUUAUGCUUAGUCUGAGUCACAAGGGUUUGUGAUAAGUUACUUACGGUUCUUGUUCAUACUUGAAAGUUUAAUUAAAUUGUCAUAAAAUUUGUAAGACCAUUGGGGAGUUGAUAAAAUCAGUUUUUAAAAAUUCAGAUUUAUACUGAAUCACAAAAGGGACAUUGCUUUGGAAUUAAGAGUUGAUACUGGCAUUAGUCUUUAGACAGGUCAUUUCUUACCCAGAUGAAUUCAUCUGGAAAACCCAUUAAAUGUCCUUGUAUUUUUCUCCAGUGCUCCAUCUGAAGAUAACGUCAGUUGUUGAUUUUUAUUGUCCUUCAUUAACCCAUUUUAAAAGUGUGUGGGAAGGUGGUUUUAAUUGCAGGUAUACAAGUGCCAUUUUGUUCUUUCUGCAGUCUUUGUAAGAUACAUCAAGAGAGCGAUUCUGAUAAAUAGCUGAAGUUUGCCUGGGUGCUUGUGUUCAUGGAUGUCUUGCUCAAUAUAGACCCUGUGUUAGGACUUCUGUGUGGGGAAAUGUCUAAAAGACAUUGGAGAUGCAAGUGGAGGGUGGGAAUCAUUAUUCUAUUUUAGGACAAUAAGAUUGCAUUAGGAAUGCCUACAUUAUUUUUCUGGGUAGGUUUGUGCGUAGUUUUGAGACUUAAAAAUUGACACCAGAGCUGACUGUGAAAGCCAGACAGCAAUUGCUGGAGUUAAGCUUCUGCCCUUUGAAGGACAGGCAGACAGCUCAGCUACAAACAACUGCAUGUGCAGGGAUCCUGUGGCUCCCCUGGCCUCGGCUCACAGCAUGGACUGACCAAUGUCAGUGAAGAUAAAAACUGCUGAGAUUCGUGGCUCAGCUGCUACAAUGCAAAGCUGACAUGAAGCCUUUCUUAAUAUCAGUAAAGGCUCUGGUAUAUCUGCUGUGCUGCUGGGGUCAUGUACAGAGGAAAUCCCUUAAAAGUGUCUUCGUGCUGCAUCCUUCUGCUUCCAGACUGUAUAGGGCAGCAGAGGGAGUAACAGUGCUCAGCAGUAACUGGUAUGAAAUGGCAACUAGUUGAACUUCCCUGUUCCAGGAUUUGAGCUGCCAUGCAUCACGUGUUGCUACCUUUGAUUUAAUAUUUCCCUUUGCAAGCACUCUGUGUUUGAGCAGCAAGGGGUAAAGAUCAGGUAAGCCAGUAUGUUACAAUUGAAGGGGGUUUGUUUCCUCAUAUAACUGAUUUUAAUAAAAAUGGGAAACUGCACAAGAAUGUUUUUCAGGUGAAAGGGUGCUUUUAAAAUGAAAAACCUCCCUUGUGCCAUGCACACUGAUUUUUAAUUUUUGUCAUCUAUGCAUGAAGAAUACUGUGAAUUUUGUAGCAAGCCACCUGAAAUAAAUGACUUUUUGGUUUUGCCA